AUGAACCCUUACUUUGGAGGUGGAAUGGGGAUGCCACAAGCACAAUUUCCUUACUUUCAAGGUGGCAUGGCCCAAGGUUAUGGGCAAGAUCAACAACAAGCUCCUCAACAACAAGGGCAAGGAGUUGGGAUGCAACAUCUCUUAAACCAAAUGUAUCCCAAUUUCUUGCAACAAUUUGCUCAAAAUUUCCCACAAGGAGUUCCCCCGAUGUUUCAACAAGGUGUACAACCACCCAUGGCGGCCCACUUAGCCCCGGAAUUUGAGGAAGAGGAUUGUAUUUUGUACCCGGGGGUUGACGCCAACAACUUCGAGCUUAAGACAUCCCUUAUUCAAAUGGUUCAAGCCAAUCAAUUUGGGGGUGCAAGAGUUGAGGAUCCAAAGGCCCAUGUUGUACACUUUGAUAGGAUUUGCAACACAAUCAAGAUGAAUGGAAUUCCUACCGAUGCUAUCAAGUUGAGAUUGUUUCCCUUCUCAUUAAGGGAUAAAGCAUUAAGUUGGCUAAACUCUUUCUCGGCCAACCAUUUUUUGACAUGGGAGCAACUAUACAAGGCCUUUAUGCAAGAAUAUUGCCCUCCUUCCAAGGCCGCAAAAUUGAAGAAACUUAUUCAAAACUUCCAACAAUUUGGAAAUGAAAAUCUACAUGUGGCAUGGAAAAGGUUCAAGGAUUUAAGGAGACAAUGCCCCAAGAACCUGCUGACUCCGGGGGACUUCAUAUCAUCUUUCUAUGAGGGACUAUUGGAUAGUUCCAAGAUCAUCCUCGACACAUCAUCUUAUGGAGGAAUUUUCAUGGAUAUGGGGCCGGAUUAUGCGGAACAAUUGAUAAAGAGAAUCACUUCCAACACGGAAUCUUGGUAUAAUGAAAGAAGUGAACUUCCCAAGAAAGAAAGACCGGCCGGAAUGUUUGAAGUGGAUGAUAAGAUGGCCAUGCAAGCCCAAUUGGAUUCUAUCCAACGUAUGCUCAAGCAAAUGAUGCAAGCUCCCAAGCAAAGUGUGCAAGCGGUUAACCAACCGACACUUCAAGGUCCUAGUAUGCCAAGUUCUUAUUCUUUGCCACAAUCACCAUGCAAUUCACCGGGACCUCAAAGUAUCGCUAUAGUUGCUUGUUGUGCCAUUUGUGGAAGAAAUCAUGCCUCUCAAUCUUGUCAACUAUUGGAUCCAAGUGGCCAAGGGUCAUUCUCAAAUAUGGAACAAGUGGAUGCAAUAGGGUUCUCUAGGCCUCAAGGGCAAGGUUUCCAAGGAUAUGGUCAACAAAGGAAUCAAUUUGGAGGUCAAUUUGGAAAUCAAUACGGGAAUUCAUGGAACAACCAAGGAAGGAACCCACCCCCGGGUUUUCAAGGAAAUCAAGGCAAUAGGGGUGGAAAUCAAGCGGGUUUUCAAGGAAAUCAAGGCAAUAGGGGUGGAAAUCAAGGAAACAAUCAAGGAAAUCAAGGCAAUAGGGGUGGAAAUCAAGGAAACAAUUGGAGGGGUCAAGGCAAUAGGGGUGGAAAUCAAGGAAACAAUUGGAGGGGUAAUCAAGGCCAAGGUCAAUGGAACAAUCAAGGUGGUCAAGGGUAUGGUAACAAUCAAAAUCACCAAGGGACUUCUAACUCUUCCCAAGAUCCGGAUAUGAAGACUUUCAUGACAAUGAUAAUGAACCAAAUGAGCAAGUUGCAAACUGAAGUGGAAAGUAUGCGGACUCAACAACAAAGUGGGGGAGCCCAAGGUUCGAACCAAGCCUCCUCUUCUAGUGGUAAGCUACCGGCUAACACCGAAAAUCCAAGAAAUCAUGUGAAUGCAAUCACCACUAGGAGUGGGAAGGCUUUGAAGGAUCCACCAUACCCAACCAAUGACAAAGAGCUUGAGAAAGAUAAUGAGAAAAAUGAGAGUGAACAAGAGAAAGAAGAAGUGGAAAUACAAGACAUUCUUGAGAGUGACAAUGAGAAGGAGCCUAUCAUUCAAAGAGACAAAGCAAAAGGGAAGACUCCUAUGCAAGUUGAAAGCAAUGAGAACAAGAAGGGUGCACCAAAGGACAAACAAACACAUGACUCGGUUAUACCAUGUAACCUCUUACCAUUUCCACAAAGGUUGUGGAAGUCAAAAGAUACCGAGAGAGAGAACAAAUUUAAAAUGAUGUUGGACAAGCUUGAAAUAUCUAUGCCCUUUGUUGAUGCCGUUACUCAAAUUCCUUCUUACAAAAAGUUCUUGAAGGACAUUUUGAGUAACAAGAAGAAGUUGGAAAAGAGUGCGGUGGUUGAUAUGAGUGAAGGAGCUUUGACAUGUGCCGUUCUCCAAAAACAUUUGCCACCAAAGUUGAAAGAUCCCGGGAGCUAUGCUAUUCCAUGCAUUGUGGGAGGAUUUGUGGUAGGCCGUGCCUUAUGUGAUCUUGGAGCUAGUGUGAGCCUCAUGCCGUAUUCCCUUUGCAAGAGGCUCAAUCUCGGUGAACCUAAGCCUACCACAAUGACUCUCCAAAUGGCAGACCGUUCAAUUAAGCGCCCGGUUGGUGUGCUAGAGGAUAUCCCGGUCAUGAUUGACCAAUAUUUCAUUCCGGGAGACUUCGUGAUUCUAGACAUUGAGGAGGAUACCAAGGUCCCCAUUAUCCUUGGUAGGCCUUUCUUAGCCACCGCCGGAGCCAUCAUAGAUGUGAAGAGAGGCAUGCUCGUGAUGGAAGUGGCCGAGCAUAAAAUUGAGUUCGAUAUAUUCAAAAUGGCCAAGCACCAACCUUCCUACGUGGAUGAAUGA